AUGUCUCAAGAAGAAGUUGAAACAAGUGCUGUUGAAGCUCCAGUAUACAAUGUCGACCCAGAAACUACUAUCUUCGUCGGCAAUAUAGCUAAUGAAAGUACUGAAGAUGAUGUGAAACAAGUGUUUAACGAGGAAUUCGGCAGCGUAGAAGUGGAAUUCCCAUCUUCUGCCAACCCAAGAGGUCGUGUUUAUUAUAGUAAAUAUGCUUUCGUUAAGUUCCCACAAAAAAUUGACGUAGAUGCAAUUAAGGAAAAAUAUGACAAGAAAGUCAUCAAUGAAAAGGGCAUUUUCAUCAGAAAAGCUUUAACUGCAGAAGAAAGAGAAGCUGAAAGAAAGGCUAGACAAGCCAAUAGAAGAGGUACUCGUGGUAGUUUUAGAGGUAGAGGUAGAGGCGGUAGUAGAGGUGGUCGUGGUGGCAGAGGCGGUAGCAGAGGCGGUUUCCGUUCCCAUGGUUUAGCUGUACCUGCUCCACCAAGAAAAGAAAAGAUCCCAUUGACUGAAAUGGAAAGAUCUAAAGAUACUCUAUAUGUGAAUAAUGUUCCUUAUUAUGCUACCAAAGAAGAAUUAGCUGAAUUUUUUGGCACCACCCCAGAAUUGGUCGUGUUACCAAUGAGAAGAAUGAAAGAUAUGAGAACAAAGAGAGUCUUUUUCUCAAAAAGAAUGAACAGAGGUAUUGCAUUUGUUACUUUUGCUGAUUUAACAAGCGAUAUCUCAAAUAAAGUCGAGAACUUCCAAGGUAAAACUUUGCAAGACAGAGAAAUUACCGUUGAUAUUGCUGCCCUAAAACCUCACUUUGACGACGAAGAAGAAACACAAGAAAUCGAAGCCGCCACUGAAGUUAACGCUACUACAGAACAAACUGAAUAA